CGGGGCCCCACUCCCCGCCCCUCGCGGUAGGUCUUGAUCCCGAGCAGCGGGUUUCAUGGAGCUCCUCAGGAUUAUGAUGCCGCCCAAGUUGCAGCUGCUGGCAGUGGUGGCCUUCGCGGUGGCGAUGCUCUUCUUGGAGAACCAGAUCCAGAAACUGGAGGAGGCAGAAAGGGCUAUCGCAAGACAUGAAGUCCAAGAAACUGGGCAGCGACAUACAAUGGAUGGCCAUCGGCAAGGCAUGUCUUUAGAUGAGGAAGAGGACAUGGUGAUCAUUUAUAAUAGAGUCCUCAGAACUGCAAGCACCUCUUUUACCAAUAUCGCCUAUGAUCUGUGUGCAAAGAAUAAAUCCCAUGUCCUUCACAUCAAUACUACCAAAAAUAAUCCAGUGAUGUCACUGAAAGAUCGGGUAUGCUUUGUAAAGAAUAUAACUUCCCAGAAAGAGAUGAAACCAGGGUUUUAUCAUGGACGUGUUUCUUAUUUGGAUUCAAAAUUUGGUGUGAAGAAGCCACUUGACAUUAAUGUCAUCAGGGAUCCUAUUGAGAGGCUAGUUUCUUACUAUUACUUUCUGAGAUUUGGAGAUGAUUAUAGACCAGGGUUAAGGAGGCAAAAACAAGGAGAUAAAAAGACCUUCAAUGAAUGUGUAGCUGAGGGCAGCUUGGACUGUGCGCCAGAGAAGCUCCAGCUUCAAAUCCCAUUCUUCUGUGGCCACAGCUCAGAAUGCUGGAAUGUGGGAAGCGGGUGGACUAUGGAUCAAUUCAAGUGUAACAUCAUUCAUGAAUACUUUCUGGUGGGAGUUACUGAAGAGUUGGAAGAUUUUAUCAUGUUAUUGGAGGCAGCCUUGCCCCGGUUCUUCAGGGGUUCUACAGAACUCUACCGUACAGUAGGAAAGAAAUCUCAUCUUAGAGAAAUCACAGAGAAGAAACUCCCCACCGAACAGACCAUUGGAAAACUGCAGCAGUCUGACGUUUGGAAAAUGGAGAAUGAGUUUUACGAGUUUGCACUAGAGCAGUUCGAGUUCAUCAGAGCCCAUGCUGUUCGAGAAAAAGAUGAAGACCUCUACAUCCUAGCACAAAACUUUUUCUAUGAAAAGAUUUACCUUGAAUCAAUUCAUAUUAGAUUCUUGAACUAA